AUGACGCCGAAUGAGUUGAAGGAAUGGCUUGAGACCGACGAGUCAACGCAAUGCGGCCAGAUCAAGGGCGAUGGCUACCCCACUACGAUCUCUUCCAUCGCAACCCUCUUCGCUAACCUCGCCUUUCGUAGUUCUGGGGAAUCAGUGGGGCACGAGAGCGGGCGGAAAAUAGUCGCGAUUUUGGAGAAGAGUCCCGAGAAGGAUGUCGACCAGUACGACGAGGAAGACCUCGCCCACAUGCGUAAAGUCGUAGCUUACUGCAAGCGCCACUUGGCGCAAGAGGAACCAAAGGCGCAGGCGGACUCGGAUAGCAAGGCCUACAAGAGCCUGAAGAAUUGGGGGCAUGACGCGCAAAAGGCGUAG